AUGGCGAACCUUUCUUCAGCGAAAGAAACAAUCGCUAAGAUAGGACUGCUUGAAACCAAGUUUGGUGCUCAUACAGCGCUCGCACACGAUGCUAGCUGGCUGAAGAAGGGCACGGACCAGGUGCUCAUGUCACUGCUGGACGACGAGAUGCGAGUCGCAGCCCAGGAAAAGAUACCGUAUGAUGAGAUACCGUAG